AUGCCGCCCGAGCGGCACUAUUACGCGAAUAGUGGCCGGCCCCCCGCCGUCGGCCCCGUGGCCUCCCGAGAGAGGGUCACGCCCGGGACACCCUCCCGCAAGGAGAGGCAGCGGGAGAGCUCGGCGGUCCAGGAUCCAAGCCUGAAGGACUACAGAUUGGGCGAAUGCCUCGGCAAGGGUGCCUUUGGGUCCGUAUACAAGGCCUUCAACUGGAGCACCGGAGAGGCAGUCGCUGUCAAGCAGAUCAAGCUCGCCGAUCUCCCCAAGAGCGAGCUGCGGAUGAUCGAGAGCGAAAUCGAUCUCCUCAAGAAUCUUUUCCACGACAAUAUUGUCAAGUACAUUGGCUUUGUCAAGUCGACAGAUUGCCUCAACAUCAUCCUAGAAUACUGCGAAAAUGGCUCCCUUCACUCCAUCAUCAAGGCCUACGGCAAGUUCCCCGAGAACCUGGUCGGCGUCUACAUGACCCAAGUUCUCCAGGGUCUUCAGUAUCUUCACGAUCAGGGCGUCAUCCACCGUGACAUCAAAGGUGCCAACAUCCUCACCACCAAGGACGGCACCGUCAAGCUCGCCGACUUUGGCGUCUCCACGAGCACUCUGGCCAGCGGCCAGGACAAAGAAGCUCAAGUCGUCGGCACGCCCUACUGGAUGGCUCCCGAGAUCAUCCAGCUCUCCGGUGCCAGUUCAGCCUCCGACAUAUGGAGCGUCGGCUGCACCGUCAUCGAGCUCCUGCAAGGGAAACCGCCGUACCAUAACCUGGCAGCCAUGCCUGCCUUGUUCGCCAUCGUCAACGAUGAUCACCCUCCCCUGCCCGAGGGCAUAUCCGCCGUGCGUCGACCCCCUGCUCCGUUCGCACAAUGGCCGCUAACCGUGGCGCAGGCCGCGCGGGACUUUCUCAUGCAGUGUUUUCAGAAAGAUCCCAAUCUGCGCGUUUCGGCUCGAAAACUCUUGCGGCAUGCCUGGAUCGCUGGCUGUCGACGAGCCGUCGCCCCCGUCUCCAAGGCGCCCGCCAACUUCAACCAAGCGGUCGAGGAAGUGAAGCAGUGGAACAGGGCCCUCAACUCUUCCGAGUCGCAUCAUCGCACCUCGACCGGCUCCGAAGUUGCAGCCCCCUCUCGCUUCUCCGGUGCGACCCCUGCCAAGGGGCCGUUGAAUCUCGCCAAGCCGAGACCAGGAGCGCUCGCUUUCAAGUCGCCCGAGCUAGCCGACGAUGAUAACUGGGAUGAUGACUUUGCCACGGCAAUCUCGCCCAGCGCCUUGCAGCUCCCCCACCACAAACCGCAAGACAACUUUGGCGGUCUCCUGUCGAGCGACAAGCUCAAGGCCUUUGCGUCCUUGGGCGAUGGUCGAACCGACAGCAGCAAUUACGACGACGACUUUGAGGGUGAGCUGCUGACCAUCAAAGGACCCAUCGGCCGGUCCCGCGACAGCGACUCCCAAGAUCGCACCAUCCGGCCCAUAUCCAGGAAACGAGCGUCCGUGGCAAAGUCCGGUGGGGGGUCCAAGUCGCACCACCGUGCCAAGUCGAGUUCUGGACUGUUGGGAUCGGCAUCCGCUUCUGCCCUGGCUGGACCGAGGCCACCGUCGUAUCCUUCCUUGGGAUCCAAGUUCGCGCUGCCCCUGCCGCUCGAAGCGUCAUAUCGCGACCAGAGCAUCGACGAUUACUCGGACCUGUUCCUCGGAAACGACAGCGACUUUGAUCGCAAGUUCAACCAGGAGGUCAAAAAGACUGGCCGGGUCACCGAUGCUCCCCAGCUCUUUCAUCCAUCCGAUCUCACCACCCUCCCGAGAUCCAUGCAGGCGCCCGAUGGUAACUUGAAAAAGAAGCCACAGUCGAGGCCGACCGUUCUUCCGGACCGUCCGAUGCGGAGGACUCGUUCGUCUGUCGAGAUUCAAAAGUUUGCCGAAGACGACGAGGAAGACUUCUCCGACGUCUUCGGAGCCGGCGAGUUCAACGGCGAAAGGGAAGAGAGUGAGGGUGGAUCCGAAGACGGUGGGCUCAUGCUCAUGUCCAAGAUGUCCACCAAUUCGUGGCUGGCAGACGACGAAGACGAGUUUGACCCCUUUGCCUCGAUGGACCCGGGCUGGGAUGAGAUGGACCUCGAGGCCAAUAUUGCUAGGGACAGGCACGCUCGACUAGCAGAGCGCGUCGAGGCCUUGGUUGGGUCGCUGAAGACGACCGAGGGCGAGGAUAUGCUCUCGGAGCUCUCGGAGGAUCUGGCAAGUUCCCGCCAGCUUGCGCUUCUCUGGGAGAAUAACGAGGCCAAGACGCUCAUCAUCAGCGCCCACGGCUUGUUGCCCAUCCUGGAGAUCUUGGAGCCGUGCACCGUCAAGAGCCGGCAGUACACGAUACUGCAGCUUCUCAAGGUCGUCAACGCCAUCAUCCUCGACGACGUGGAAAUUCAGGAAAACCUCUGCUUCGUUGGCGGCAUUCCCAUCAUCACCAAGUUUGCCGCGCGGCAGUACUCGGACGAGAUCCGGCUCGAGGCUGCCGCCUUUGUUCGCCAGAUGUACCAGACGUCAACCCUAACGCUCCAGAUGUUUGUAUCGGCCGGUGGCUUGAACAAUCUAGUCGAAUUUUUGGAUGAGGACUACGACACCGCUAGGGACCUGGUCUUGAUUGGCGUCAACGGCAUCUGGAAUGUCUUUGAGCUGCAGGGACCGACCCCAAAGAACGACUUUUGCAGGAUAUUCUCGAGGAGCAAGAUCCUCUAUCCGCUGGCCCUGGUCCUGCACCGAGUCCUGGAUGAGGAGGGCGAGGACGAGCUGAGCGAGCUCAUUGAAGGGCGCAUCGUCAACAUCUUCUACCUUUUCAGCCAGGCUGAGAACUACGUCAAGGAGGUCGUGGCUGAUCGCCAGGUGCUCAAGAGCGUGCUCAAAGACCUGCGGCGAAUGACACCAGUGCACCAGAUCACCAUGCUCAAAUUCAUCAAAAACCUGUCGAUGCUGUCAACGACUAUCGAAUCGCUUCACUCCGCUGACGCCAUCGAGUUUCUCAUCGACCUUCUCAGUUACAGCAUGAAGAAGGGCCAACAGCACUUUCGCGACAUUUCCAACCAGGUUCUCAACACCUUGUUCAACCUGUGCCGUCUCAGCAAGGAGCGACAGGAAGAUGCCGCCGUCGGAGGCAUCAUCCCGCUGCUGCUGAAGAUUAUGACGACGGACCGGCCACCCAAAGAGUUUGCCCUGCCCAUCCUCUGCGACAUGGCGCACUCGGGCUCCAAGGGCCGGCGGUAUCUGUGGCAGAAUAAGGGACUUCACUUUUACGUUUCGCUGCUGACGGACCAGUACUGGCAGGUCACCGCGCUGGAUGCCAUCCUGGUCUGGUUGCAGGAGGAGACGGCCAACGUGGAGAGCCAUCUGGUGGAUGGAAACUUCACCGAGGCCAUUGUCAGCUGCUUCAGCACGAGCCGGCUGAACGCAUUCGACUCUAACCUGAUUGAGCCGCUGUUGAAACUGCUCCGCCUGUGCCCCUCGGUCGCCGCCUCGCUGGCCAAGGCGGAGAUGUUUGGCGGCAUCGCUCAGCGACUGGGGCACAAGAAGGCCGUCGUGCGCCUGAACCUGCUGAGGCUCAUCCGCACCAUCAUGGACGCUUGCGAAUCCGGCCUGGGUAGUGGUGAUGACUCGCAGGCCAUGAGCCUCCAGGUACGCAUGCUGAUGAACUCGAUCCAGACAUUGGCCGAGACGGAUUCGGCCGUGCUGGUGCGGAACCUCGCAGCAGAGCUACUGCGGUGCCAUAUCGCGGGCGACUUGAGCACUGGUCACAUGAUGCGCCACGACGGGUCGGUCACGCAGGUCAACUCGGCCUCGGUCUCGUCCUCGUCGCGGCAAUCUGUAGCUCGCCGGAACACAAACUAUAGCACGCCACCCAGCUUGCAGUCCUCCGUGUCCUUGCCGCAGACGCCGACGAGCCGGAGCAGGCAGAGUCACGCCAUCGGCCACGCAUACAUCGAAGUGGCCGCGAGCCCGCGACGUAUAGCAGCCCUCGAACGGGAGAACAUCAAGUACAGACCGCACAGCAAGGACGGGCCGACGGGGAUACCUCGACGCGUGAGUGGAGGAGACUCGGGCACCGUUGGCCCCGGAAGCAGCAUCGUCACAUCCACCAGUGGUGCCAAGAGCCGCCUCCCGCGCACGUCGCUCACCCCGAUGGCUGUCAUUCCCUCCAGCCGGCCCCCAGGAUCCAGCGCACGGGGCGACACUAUGCCACCGCUGCUCACAGCUGGCGAGGUCAACGCCAAGAAGCAAAACGGCGCUGGCGGCCGGAAUAGGGGCCGCGAAGGCAUAGGUGCCUCAACGGCAUCAUGGGUUCGGCAGCGUCGUCGGGACCAAAAUGCUGCACCGGGAAAAUGA